AUGGCAGCCACGACGAAGCCCCAGACCCCCAAAUCUGCAAAGGGACCCCGAUGGAUGGAAGACGACGUGCCCAUCAUUGACUCCAAAGAGAGCUUCUCUGAUGUCGUUGCUAAACUAUCUUCCUAUGUGGUCAAAGCCAUCGACGCCGCGUACACCUAUGAACAGCUCAGGACCACCGUGGCCGGUCAAAGUCUGAAACCCCUGAUCGCCGGUCUGAGCGAGGAAUGCCACCAUCCCGCCGUUGUGGCCGCUCUGUUGGCUGCCAGAUACAUCUUCACCAACGACUCGGACCACUCAGACUCGGCUCUGAACGAGAGUAGAGGUCUUGCCUGCGAGCUUGUUGCCUGGCAGUUCCUGACGUUUUUGUCUGAGAAGGAGCUGAUUGACUACCUUCUCUACGAACUCCCCGAAUGUCCCGACGAUUCCCACCAUCAACCACAACUAGAGUCAACGGACGAUCUUCCCACCCCCGUCCGGGGCAAUGGCACGUCUGAUGAACGCUCGCCGCUCCUCCGGUCGCGGUCCGGCCAAUAUGACAGCCUCAGACCUCCUAGGAGAGCCAGCGUCCACGACACCCGCGGCACCACCACUUAUCGGGACGAGGACACGACUGAAAGUCCACAGAUCAAUCUCGAUGAGAUGCUGGCUGGAAUGAGUGCGUUGGAAAUCGCCGCCAUCAGUAAUGCAAAGAAAUUCCUGUCACAAAGCCCUGUGCAGAAAAUCGUUGAGGACAUCUGGAACGGCGAUGUCAUCUUCUGGGAAUCGCUCUCGGUCCAUGCCGUGAAGAAGCCCCGUGCUUACAACAAACGCGUUGCCGACCCCUUCACUCGCCUCAGGGUCCCCAAAUACCAGAAGGCGUUUCAGAUCGCCUUCUUUCUCUCCUUUCUCCUCCUGUACUAUGCCGUUCUGGUGGAGCGGAAUCCUCAGCAUAUCACUCCGACCGAGGCCUUGCUGUACGUCUGGAUCGCCGCCUACGCGUAUGAUGAGUUCGGUGAGGUCAUGGACGCUGGCCUGAUGUUCUAUCAGGUCGAUUUCUGGUCGCUGUGGGACCUAGGCAUUAUUGGUGUCAGCGCCGCUUUUGUCGUAACGCGGAUUGUCGGACUCAUCAAAAACAGCGAUUAUAUCAUUGAUGUGGCAUUCGAUAUUUUGUCUAUGGUUGCCUUGUUUCUUGUCCCGAGAAUAUUCUCGGUCAUGAGCCUCAACCCUUACUUCGGCAGUCUGAUUCCAGUUUUGAAGGAGAUGACAAAAGCAUUCUGCAAGUUCUUGCCAGUCAUCAUUGUGCUCUACCUUGGGUUCUUGACCACUUUCACGAUGCUCGCCCGAGAUCGCAUGAACCUGAACGAGAUGUCUUGGUUGUUGAUCAAAGUCUUCUUUGGGUCGAGCUAUCUUGGAUUCGACAUGGCAGUCAAGAUUUCUCCUCUAUUUGGUUAUCCGUUGAUGCUGAUUUUUGUUUGCCUGACCAACAUUCUCCUCAUCACAUCUCUUGUGUCAUUAGUGUCGAAUUCAUUGACAGAGGUCAUGGCCCAUGCCAGGGAGGAGUACCUCUUCCAAUAUUCGAUAUACGUGCUCGAAAGCAGUACCUCCAGCCGAUUGACCUACUUCAUGCCGCCGCUCAAUCUAAUCCCCUUGACCCUUCUGCGACCUCUUCGGCUCUUUUUCCCUUCAGAGGAUGUCCGGCGAAUUCGGAUCUUGGUGCUCAAGGUCACCCAUGUCCCCUUCGUGGCCAUCAUCUGGGCCUACGAAAAAUCCAGAGGCAUAGUCUCUCGUCAUCAUUCAACAUUGGGUAAAGCCCCCAACUUGACCAGUCGUCCUCUUAGUGCGGGACAGUUUAGUUUCGAUGGCUCCCGAGACUUUGUCAAAUCAUCGACAACGCGGAGAGCGCUUCCUGAAACACCACCAGCCGCGACUCCUAACAUGAGUGGUGGCACGGGAAUGUCCAAGUCUGCCUCGGGCAGUGCUAAUGAUGUGGACUUGGUUGAGCUCGUUCAACAGUUGAGUGCUCAAGUGGACGGGUUGACAGCCAUGAUUGCAGGCCAGCAAAAGGACUGA